AUGCGCAUUUAUUUACUUACUUUCCGCUGUGAAGUGUAAACGAUGAUCGAAAUCAGUUUAAAUACUUGCUUGAAGAAAUACAUCAGAGAUAUAAGGUUGAAACAAACACUUUGUCUAAUAUUUUUCAAGUGAAAAAAAUAUGCAUAACAAUUUAAAGAAAAUGCAAUUGAAAACACGGAUUUGUGAUGAAAGGGAAAUAUUUACAAAGCAAUAAAUGCCUGUGGACAAAUCAGUUAUUAAAGCGGCAUAAUAAAGCAUGCUAGAAAAUAAAUGACUAUUAUUUACAUUUACAGUUUUUGAUAUUCAUCUAAUUGAUUAUUUUGAAAAAAAAAAGUGAAGGGUGAAAACAUGGAGAGUGAGGAAGAUAUCAACAUACGUUAUGCGAAUGCACUGUUGCCGCUGACGAUAACGCUUGGAGUAUUUACGUUAGUGGGCGUGGUUGGAAAUAUAAUAGUUCUCCUGGUAUUCGGUCUUGGUCGAGCUUACAGGCAUAAUAACUUUAGAGUGUUUGUUGUAUGCUUAGGAAUCAUUGACUUACUGACCAGUGCCUUCCUCAUACCGGCUGAAAUGGUGAAGCACCGCAAUUAUUUUUCGUUUGAAAAUUUGGCCAUGUGCAAAGUAAAGUGUCUAUUCAACGUAUGGGCUGGAUGCGCGGCAGCGUUAUCACUGUUGAUCAUAUCUAUAGACAGGUAUAGAAAAGUCUGCCAACCAUUCAAGAAACAAAUCACACCAAGACUGGCCUUUCAGCUUUGCGUUUUCCUGUCUUUUUUCUUGUCUGUAAUUCUAUCCAUUCCCGGUGCGGUCAUGUGUGGAAUAAAAGAGACAAAUAUGACAACUAUCCAUGGAAACAUUACUACCGUAUUUCUCUGUGAAACAGAAGAGAAAUAUAAAGAACAUAUCAUGAGAACGAUCUAUAAAUUUUCUUUUAUGCUUCUGUUACUUGGUGUGUCAGGUUCAUGCAUCGUUAUGUACAUUUUAAUCGGUAGACAAAUAGCCAGACAUUGGGGGUCAGUGCCAGUCAAUUUCCGUAAAGAUUCCGGAAGGGAAAAUUCCGAAUUUUCAUCGGAAACCUUUGGAAGACUUCGGGUGAACACAAACGGAAAGUCAGUCGAAACGUUGUCAAGUAAUGCCGAUGGCCAAGAUCAGAUCAAUCUACCUCUAAGCCCGAUUGUCAAAGAAGGACCGCCUAAAGAAAAGCGACCACCACUUGUAAAACAGAGCAGCAGCUUUGAAACCGAUCCGCAAAAAACAAAGAAAAAACUCAUCAAGCAACUAAGCUCAGCAAGCAUUAGUAGCGGAAACAGGAAAGGUGAAGACGCAUGCGCACGGAGGAGUAAGAUGAGUCGGCAAGCUUCCGGUUUUGGCCUACGUCGCUUCCCGUACAAAACCCUGAUAUGGUUUAUACUAACUCUAGUUUUUAUCAUCACGUAUAUAGUAUAUCUGGCUUUGGCUACACAAGUUCCAAAGAUACCGACAAUGACUUCGUCGUCUUUCGCACUUUUUCAAUCGUUUUAUAGACUUUAUUUCAUCAACAACAUUAUCAAUCCGAUAGUGUACGCCAUUCUUGAUAAGAAUUUUCGUACUGCUUUUAAAAAGUUGAAAACUAAUUUGAAAGACAGGUUUACGCGUUAAAGACAAUAAACAUGAGUUGAGUUUCUUGAGCUGACUUUUACGCGCUGAUGUUAGAAUUAAAAAUGAUUCCUCUUGGCGGCGACAGGGUAGUGCAUUACAUUUGAGUAAAUGGGAAUAUUCUGUAAAAAAACUGAUGUUACAAACUAAGCUGACAACGAAAAUGUUCCAGGUGACGAUUUUUGUAAAAUCUAUAUUUUGAAAAAUCGAACUAAUAGAUUUAACAAAAGGUAUUGUUAUACGUGACCUGCUAAGUUACAUUUUACAAGAUGGUCAGUUGUGUAUUUUCUUGGAGCUCAGACUCAUCUGUAAGCUCGAAGAAUACACGAUGAAACAAUGUAAAAAAUAACUGGACCAUGAGAAAACCUGUACUACUGUAGUGGCUUGGUGUAGUAAUAAUAUUUGCACAAUAAAUAGUUUAAAAUAAUGGAAAACUGUUUUCCAAAUGUUCAUGCGGAAACUAGAAAUAAGUAUAUUGUAAUUCAAUUAUCUAAGGUAAAUAUUUCACAAAUAAAUGUUAUUUGUAAUGUUAAGGCAACCAAAUUCCAAAGCACCCAUGCACCAUUAGAAUAAAAAGCUGAAUAGAUAAAAAAAAAAGAUCAUCGACGAAACCAAAAAACACAUGGUUAGGUUAUUUUCAGUAAAUCAUUUUAAACUGAGUAUGAAUUGUUUAGAUAGUGGUACGCAUAAACUCGCAUAAAUGACACAUAAAACACACGCCAUGCACGAUAACUUCAUACUGCCUCGUAAAUGACGUUUCUAAAUAUCUUCGGUGACUGACUUAAAAUCAUUGUAAUCUUUGGGAACAUGAAGUCCAUUCAAUAUCUAUGUAAUAGAAUUCCGCAUAAGCCGGUGCUAGGGGUCGUGGGAGGUGUUACACUUUCCAUUACCUCUCAUGAACAGACUCAAUCAAACCGAGUCUGCUAUUACUUUUGCUUGGUUGCAUUCUGUGCUGCCAAAGGAUAUUUUUAAAUAUUUUAUUGAAAUAGUGAAGAUAAUUUCGUCAAAUUUUCAGAUCUGAAAGGCAACAGAAUGUUCUUCAUGAGUAUUUCUACUUUUCUUAAUUUUUCUUCUCAGUAAUACAGGUUUUGUCACGGAACGGUCCAUGUACAUUUGUAUAAAUAUAAAUAUCGCUUUAACCUUAGUGUUUGUUUUGUAAUUUUGUCAAGAUGGUUUUGUUCACAAUACAAAAUGUACAUGUAUAUUCAACAAAUUUACCAGUUCUAUAUUAUGUUUAGCUGAUAAAGUUUUAAUACACCCAAGUCAUUCAUAGAGCUUUGUAGUUGCCAACAUAAUUACUACAGUAGAAGAAUAUAUUCACCGACGGACCACUGUGCUGUA